UCGAUGAUCUUAGAGGUCUUUUCCAACCUGAAUGAUCCCAUGAUUCCAUGAUAAUAUUAAAGCAAACCGCUGUCUGAACGCACAGUUCCAGGGGCACAUCCCAGCUUUGCAAUGGCGUUUAUUCCCUUCCCCCGACCCUCACUCCCACAGCUGGGAGAAGAAGGCCUACUGCCCAGCCGGGAUUGCUUAUCCCUAAGCCCUUCUCCAUGCACAGCGGUCAUUUUUACAGCGGCACCGCAUUCCCACAACUCCGACAUCCAACAGAACGGCUUCCCGCCUGAGCCCCGGCCCUUCCCGUCCGCGCCGCGCGUUCCGGGGGGACGCUUUCCGUGUCGGACCCAUGGCGGCGCGGCGGGCCCAGGGCGGGUGAUCGCGGUUCUCCGUGAGGGCAGCGGGAGGAGCAGCUCGCCAUGCCCACGGUGGUGGUGAUGGACGUGUCCCUGUCCAUGACCCGGCCCGUGGCCGUGGAGGGCUCCGAGGAGUAUCAGCGCAAGCACCUGGCAGCCCACGGGCUCACCAUGCUCUUCGAGCACAUGGCCACCAACUACAAGCUGGAGUUCACGGCCCUCGUGGUGUUCUCAUCGCUCUGGGAGCUGAUGGUGCCCUUUACGAGGGACUACAACACGCUGCAGGAAGCCCUGAGUAACAUGGAUGAUUAUGACAAAACCUGCCUGGAGUCAGCACUGCUGGGGGUUUGCAACAUUGUCCAGCAGGAAUGGGGGGCAGCAAUUCCAUGCCAGGUUGUCCUUGUCACCGACGGCUGCCUGGGCAUCGGCCGCGGCUCCCUGCGCCACUCCCUGGCCACGCACAACCAGCGCAGCGACAGCAACCGCUUCCCGCUGCCCUUCCCCUUCCCCUCCAAGCUCUACGUCAUGUGCAUGGCCAACCUGGAAGAGCUUCAAAGCACAGAUUCCUUGGACUGCCUGGAAAGGCUCAUUGAUUUAAACAAUGGGGAAGGGCAGAUUUUCACCAUUGAUGGCCCCCUGUGCCUGAAGAAUGUGCAGUCAAUGUUUGGAAAGCUGAUAGACCUGGCUUAUACACCAUUCCAUGCUGUUCUCAAGUGUGGCCACUUAGCAUCUGAUGUGCAAGUAUUUCCCAGACCUGAGCCUUUCAUUAUAGAUGAGGAGAUAGACCCCAUUCCUAAAGCAAUUAAUACAGAUCUAGAAAUUGUUGGCUUUGUAGACAUAGCUGACAUUUCCAGCCCUCCUGUCUUGUCCAGACACUUGGUACUGCCCAUUGCACUUAACAGAGAAGGGGAUGAGGUGGGACCUGGGAUCACAGAUGACACCGAAGAUGAGAAUUCAGCAAAUCAGAUUGCUGGGAAAAUCCCCAACUUCUGUGUUUUAUUACAUGGCAGCCUCAAAGUGGAAGGCAUGGUGGCUGUCGUCCAGUUGGGGCCAGAGUGGUAUGGAAUGCUUUAUUCACAAGCUGAUAGCAAGAAGAAAUCAAACCUCAUGAUGUCACUCUUCGAGCCUGGUCCUGAGCCCCUGCCAUGGCUGGGGAAGAUGGCACAGCUUGGCCCCAUUUCAGAUGCAAAAGAAAAUCCUUAUGGGGAGGAUGACAACAAGAGCCCUUUCCCCUUGCAGCCCAAGAACAAGCGCAGCUACGCCCAGAAUGUCACAGUCUGGAUCAAACCAAGUGGCCUCCAGACAGAUGUACAGAAGAUCUUGAGAAAUGCAAGGAAACUCCCUGAAAAAACUCAGACCUUCUAUAAAGAGCUGAACCGUUUGCGGAAGGCAGCGCUGGCCUUCGGGUUCCUGGAGCUGCUGAAGGGCGUGGCGGACAUGCUGGAGAGGGAGUGCACCCUCCUCCCCGACACCGCCCACCCCGACGCCGCCUUCCAGCUCACCCACGCGGCACAGCAGCUCAAGGUGGCGAGCACCGGAGCCUCGGAAUACGCCGCCUACGACCACAACAUUGCCCCUCUGCAGACAGACUUUUCCAGCAGCAGCACUGAGAGGAUGUGAAGCCUCCAUUU